UGCUUGAAACAAAUCAAGCUGCUGAUUUGUUUUACUAUUUAUAUUUAUGUGUAUAAAAAAUAUAGAAAAUCUAUGAGAUGCAUUUUAAAAACGAUAUCGAUAGAGUAUUAUAUUGAUUUGAUUGACAGACUUAUGAACUGUUGACCAUGAUAUCAAGAAAAGGACAAAAGGCUGUUAAUGAAGGUGUGGUUGGAAAAUACAUAAAGAAAGAUACACCUCCAGAUUUACCUAUUAUAAAUGUAUGGACUACUGGACACAACAAAAGACCCCGAAGCCAGCCGUUUGGUACGAGUGAUCCUGUAUCACAGAGCCAUGAAAAUAAAUUUGGCAAAGCACAAACUAUGAGUGGACAUGCUGGCAAAUAUACACCAAGUGAGUCAGUACCAAAUUUAGCACACAGGUUUGCCAGUUUAUCUACUAGUGAUACAGCAAGUACAUCAAACAGCUACAAUUCACAAUAUCUCUUGGAUUCAAAUGUGGCUUCACAGGCUUCUCAUACAACUUUGAAUGAUAGAGAUGACUCAUAUUUGGCACUGAGUAGACAAACAAGCUACAGAUACUAUAGACAGCCACAACAAGAGGAUCCCAUUUAUCAGAAUCAACAACAGGUUCAACAGCAGAAACAGCAACAGUAUGGAUCACGGGAAUCUAGCAUUCCAAGACUGUCUUCCAACUUAAGUUUAACACCAAGACUGCACUCUCCAUCACCACAUACACUUCAUCUUCAGAAUUACACGGACUCAUAUGCCUCAUCAAGCCAGUCUUCACCAAUAUACUCAAAUUGCAUGAAUACAUCAGUUCUUCCAUACAACAAGGCUCAUGGGAGUAAAAUUAUCACAAGCUCGCAAGGAUCUGAUGAGUGUGAGCUUCCUCUUCCUCCUGGAUGGUCAGCAGACCGAACUCUUCGUGGGCGCCGUUAUUACAUGGACCACAACACCCAGACAACUCAUUGGACUCACCCAUUAGAAAGUGUGCCUCAACCUUGGCAAAGAGUCUCUACACCUCACCAUGGAGUUUAUUAUUUCAAUGAAAUCACUCAUCAGACAACAUAUGCCCAUCCAUGCCUAGUUGGUGGCUGUUAUUUAGUCAGUCCUUAUGUUCCUACUCUUGUGCCACCAUAUUUACUUGAAGAAAUACCUCACUGGCUCAUUGUAUAUUCUAAAGCUGAUCAAGAACUGGACCACAAGUUACGCUGGAACAUGUUCAGACUGAGUGAACUGGACUGCUAUUCUGAUAUGCUGACACGGUUGUACAAGCAAGAGUUACAACUCAUUGUUAUGAAGUUUGAGCGUUACAGAUCUGCACUCUUACAAGAAAUAGAAAGGCGACGACACGCUGCUAUCACAUACCACGGACACUCCAACUGCUGAUGUGUAUUGUGCAUCAAGUUUACCUACUCUACUGUGAUGUUAUAAAAACAUUAUUUUAGAUAUAUAACUUUUAUAUGUAAGGAUACUUGAGUCAAACCUGGAGAAGGAUUCACUGGUAUAGUAAGAUACAAAGAGGUAAUAAAUACAAAUGUACAUACACAAUAAAAAAGGUAAUGGAUCAUUGUGAAAUUUUGCACAGGUUUAAAAUUGAUAGUAACCCAAAUAUCUUGACAUGAGUUGCACACUUAAUUGAAACAUGCAACACAUGUGUAAACUUUGCGAAUAUUGCCAUUCAAAAGUAUGUAUAGCCGUUGUCAUUAGCUAGAAAUCUAUACACCA